CCUUUGAAGAUCCCAAAAUUUCACAACUCGUCGCUCAUACUUUACACGAGUGCCCAGCAGAGAGGUGGAUUACUUACUAUCACAGUAACUUCAGGCCCUCACUAACUCUCACUGGGGGGCUCAUUGACGGUCAGGCACUUACCACUCUUCGCUCCUUCUUUAUUGCCUCCCUUUCCCAGUCAUCAUCACUCUGCAACGAAGUCUCGGAUGCACGUCUAAACCCGGUCCCUCAAUCAUAACUUCCCUUUUGGACUGCGGGGAUGGAGUCAACCCAAGUCCAGCAAAAUGCCCCCGGCAGCAGCACCAUUGACACGGACGCUCUGCUAGCCGGACUGGGCCCCGAAGUGUUUGAAAAUGCCAACACCAUCACCAAGUGGCUGUUGUCACAACCCACCGAGUCACUCCCAGCCAUCGCACAGGCAGUAUUUGCCAAGUUGUUCAGCAAUGCCUCUGAGUCUCGCCAGUAUCACGGCAACGGUCACGAUGUCGUAAGGCUCUGCAGCUUUGUUCAGCAAUGCGCCAAGGCCAAAGACGAGAAGCUGAAGGAAUGGGCCUUCACCGAGCCCGUCUCAACGAAGCUGUUCCAUUUCUACCUUGAGUGGUAUGAACACGACCCGCAUCGUGCCCUGAGACUGAUUCUUGAUGUCCUUGUGGCCUCGGCGACCAUUAAUCCCAAACCCGAGACAGGGAAGGCAGUGAAGGAACACAUCCUCAAGACCAUCGUGGAGAUUGUCGCUCGCAAGUCUGCCAUGCAACUGACCAAGUCUGGCCUGCAGUGUCUGGACCACUUCUUGAACAAAAAGGUUCUUUCCCUCGACGAUGUUGCUCGCAAGUAUCGCGAGGUCGACUCUUCUGUCGCCGACCUAUCUCAUCUCUCCGUGUGGAAGUCCUUUGUUUUUGAGCUGUUCUCGUGGAUGGAGCUUCCCUACGUCUGCCCUCAUGCCGGCAAAUGUCUUGUGCAUAUUUUUAAGGGUUUAACUGGCCAGGCUGCUGCUGCGGCCCAAAAAAGCGAAAAGUUCACUGUCGAGGUCUGGAAGACGUGGCUACAGGAGGCUGUGGCCCAGAGACCAGCAGUCUUGGAGGAUAUCAAGAACUACGUCCUAGUUCCUAUUUUCAAGACUGACAAGGUCGAAUCUCUGAAGCUGCUCGAGGCGUUUAACCGCAGCGAGAUACCCGUCGGAUCUACACAGGAUCUGACCGAUCUGACUCUCUUGCUCCAGUUGGCGACACUCGAGACCGGCAAGCGGUUUGGUCUCGUGGAAGAACCCAGCAAUGAUAUUGACGCUUCUCAGUCUUCAAGCAAGGUAAUUCUUCGGGACACUGUCCUCGAAAGCUUCCUCACACAUCCUUCCCUCUCCGUCAGAUCCAGCGCUUUCUCCUUGUUGGUCUCAUCCCAGGCCACUACGAAGCCCUUUUCCCGGAUAGCGUUUGACCUACUCAGGAAGCACCUCGCCGCCUUCCAUGCCGACUUUGACGCCAAAUUGCGCAACGAGGUGCUCGGCUAUACGAAGAACCUGAUUCGGCGUGUUAAAAACGUCAUCUCCGUUGCCCAGAGAAGCCUUGCCCAAGCAGCCAGCAAGCAGAACCCGGCGCCUGCGGACAAGGAUACGACAUCAUCAAAGAAGAAGCCCGCUCCUGAGAACUUGUUGAAGAGUCCCACCGAGGCCAGGGAGGUACUUGACCGCCACGAGGCUUUCUUCUCGUGGUACCUUGGGUUUUUGAAGGGUGAGCUUUUGCCCACAACGUCUUACCAACGCCACAUCACAGCCAUGAGAGCGGCACUUUUGGCGUUGAAGGUUGGAAAACACGCUGGUGCCACGGAUGAUGUUGUCGAUGAGGACGUUUCAAAGUCAAUAUCUUCAGAUUUCACUUGGAUCCGCCUUCUUCUGGAUCUACUCUUGGACCCUUUUGACGAUGUCAGAGACUCCGCCUCUAACCUUCUGGGGUUGUUCUCUCAAGGAAUCAUCAAGUCCCCCGCACAACCCAGUCUCAAUAGCAAGACCCAACUCGAGGUCCUGCAAGACUUUUGCCUAAAAGCCCGGGCUUUGGCAGACAGAACUGGCCGCGCUGAUCACGGUGACGGCGCUGCUCGCUCCCAGGGACUUCUGUGCCGAUGGUUGGAUGGUGCAGAUCUCCAAAUUGCUCACAUUUCCAAGAUCAUCAGUGGUCUUGAAGACAAGGUUACAAAGGCAGAGAAGGACUUGGGCCACGCUGCCAUUGAGAACCCCGUACAUCCAGAUUUUGCCGCCAUCAGCUAUGCGUGGCCUGUGCUGGCCAAAGAGAGCUUUUCCGAAACACAGUUGGAAGCCAUCCAUCAAUUAUAUCAGCGCGUCUUCGACUGUGCCAAGCGUAUUUGGGUAGCAGUCAGGCAUGUGCUAUGCGAUGACUCUCCGGAAGGCCACUUGCCCGAGGAGAUGGAGGAAAUCGAGGGAUUGGACACCAAAGACCUAUUGAGUUACAGUUUCCGUGCAGUUCACGAGUCGAGCAACCUGAUGCGACUGAUGCUCCAGACGUUGCGUCUCACUCCAGGCCCGGGAGUGCCGUUCCCUCCUUUGCCCGUUUUCCAAGCUACCGGGUACUUGACGUUUGAGCAGCUUUCCAGCUUGAGGCAUCGUGGUGCUUUCUCUACGGUAUCUCUUACUUUUACGACAUGUUGCCAGCUUACACAAAAGCUCCCCAUUGUCUUCCCCGAGACUGCAGGGUCCAACACUUUGCUUCGCGAAUGGUACAAGGGCACAAUCAACUGCAUCAUGAGUCAGGCCUCCACCACCCGUCGCUCUGCGGGUAUUCCUUCUCUAGUUGCCGGCAUCCUGACAGCCAACGCUGAAUCGCCCUCGUUCAACGAGGUUUUCAGCGAGCUUGAGGAGAUUGGCAAGAAGCCGGUCACGCAAGCGGAAACUGAUGGAUCGAACUUGCCACAAGUACAUGCUCUGAAUUCGCUCAGAGAGAUCUUCAAGAGCUCAUUAUUGAGCAAGAAGGCCGAGGCUUACCUGGCCAGGACUUUGCAGCUGGCUGCAAACAACCUAAAGUCCGAAGUAUGGGCCAUUCGCAACUGCGGUCUCCUGUUGCUGAGGAGUCUUAUCGACUGCUUGCUUGGAACGGGUGAGAGCAAGGCCAUCAUCGAAUCGGGCUGGGACGGUGUCUCCGUUCGUAUUUCUUAUAACAAGUACCCAACACUGCCAGGUGUUAUUCUGGGACUGUUGGAGUCUGCCAACAAGGCUCUUGGUGAAGAUGCAAAGACAGCCGCCGCGGAGGCCGUCUUCCCGGCAUUGGACAUCAUUCGUCGUGCCGGCCCCCCCGAGUCUUACCGCGCUGAACUCCAAGGUCAUAUUGAAGGCUACCUCGAUAGCCACCUCUGGCACGUCAGAGAAAUUGCGGCCAGGACACUCUGCUCCUUCCUUCUUCAAGGAGAUUGGGUCGCAGAAAUCCAGCGGCUCCUUGAGGAGUCUGAGGAUCGCGCCAACCGCAUCCAUGGUGUCCUCCUGCUGACAAGAUUUGUUCUGGAGCGCAAGACCAGCCUGGGUGCGGAUGUUUCCGAAGAUACAUCCAAACUCAAGGUUCUCCUUCGCAGGCUUGCCGACGAGAGUGACAACUUCAAGACAUGCCCCGUCGUCAAGGCUGCCUACCUUGAGAUAUUCAACAUUUUGGCAAGCAUCGAUCCCAUCGUCAACCAGUCGGCCCUUGAACUCAUCGCCAUCACUCCAGGCUCUGAUUCAGCCACGGUGAUGGACAAGACCAAGCAAUACCCAUCUUCGGCUCUCCUGGAUGCAGAGGCUGUGAUCGCCAGCGUCUACCACGCCGCAGCAGUCUCCGACACUAAGGUCCUACGGGCGCUUUUUCUGCACACCCUUAGCAAGGACAUCAACACUACUCAGCGAUUGCUUGAGAUGGUCCCUAUCGCCUGGAAGUCCAUCACUACCACCGAAGCCAUUGGAGGUCUCUCCAACCUUUACGCCGAAGUCUGCACUACCACCGCCGCUACUCCCGAUAUCAAAGCAGCGGCGAUCUCUAACCUCGGCGAUCUCAUCGAUGCCCUUCUCCAGGAAGGUCGUCAAGCUGAGCUUAUCGGCCUCCCCUUCAUGGCCACCAUCGAACAAACCUGGAAGGGUCUCCAGCAAGGCGAGAUCAACCCCAACCUCUCCUGCGCCAUCAUCCGAGCCAGCGGUUCCCUCAUGGCCGCCCUUGCUCUUCGCAGCGCUACCACCACCACCACCGCCGCCUGUGGCGGAAUCGACAACCAGAUGGCCCAACGUCUCCGGGCCUGGGGCGCCAUGAUGGCCGACGCGCUCGACAUCGACAAUACCUUCGACACGCGCUAUGCGGCCGCCUCUUCUCUGACCUCUUUCUUCACCGGCUUCGUGUCUACAACAGAAGCAAACUGGUCCCCAGCUUUCCUGCCUGCACUCUCGGCGCUCUACGACGCCCUAAUUGACGACGACGACGAGGUCCGCGAUCUUGCUUCCGCCGCUGCCGCGCCCGUGGUCGGACAGCAGAUGGUUCCCCCCUCGGCAGCUGAUCGCCUAGCGGUCUGGAUGUCCGAGACGUUCUUUGGGCAAGAGGAGUUCCAAGAGCACUUGGUGUCUCGUCUCACAACCGGCAAUUCCUCCCCAGUUGCUGAAAAGUCUUCCGAGUUGACCUCGGCAGCGGAACAGCUCGUCACCGCUUUGCAGUUCGACGACUCACUCUUUGCCACUGAGGAGCAGAAUCUGUUUAUUGAUGAGGUGAGGGAGACUAGACGCUGGCAGCGGGAGCUCAUCGCCCGUGCCUCUGCUUCUGGGUCUUCUGACGUCCUCUCGUCCGGGCCUGCGUUCGCCAAGCUGAGCAAGUGGACGGAGGAAGGGCUGGAGUACCUUACCAGACUAGUACGGGCGAACAGUGAUGGGCCGCUAGAGUGGACAAGUGAUCAACAUGUGUUCGCGGCUUGUGCGAGGGUGUUGCUGUGCGCGGUUGCGGUGGUUAAGGUUGUCGGCGCCGAGUCGGCGGUUGGAGAGGCGUUGAAGGCGUUCAAGGAGGUUGCCAAGAAGGGAGGACUGCAUGGUAGUUUGUUGGAGAUUGUGGCGGCAGUGUGAGCGGGUGUUUGUUAGAAGUCUAAACCGUGGUGAUAGAUGUGCACUAGAGCGCACGAAGAGUCUUGAAUGCUAUUGUCUUUCCUGUCCUUGACCCC